GGGGAAGGGGAGGAGGCAGCGAAGGGAGCGACUUCCUGCUGCAAAAGCCAUUGGCUGCGAAGCUGCUCGGCAGCUGCGGGGCUGAGCGCCCCGGGCAGCCACGUGGGUCCCCAGGCACCGGAUCCGGGUUUGUGAAGAGCCCCUCCCGGCCUGGCCCCCCUCCAGGCGCAGGGGAGACCCAGAGUCCAAGCCAGAGGCGGCCCCGGGGAUUGAGAGAAACAGCAACAGAGGCAGCAAAUCGCUGCCUGGAGCAAGCAACCACGGGCCCGAGAUUUGAUGGCACAGCCGGGCAGCCCAUCCCAGGGUGAGAUGGAGCAAAAUCCCCCCCGGGCAGCAGAGAACCAGUCGCCUGCUGAGCACCCAGAGGAUGCCGAAGCACAGCAGGAAACGGCAGGUACCGGGACGGAGGAGGAAAUUCCUCUGUGGGAAGGGCCUGCAGGAGCAGAGCCGCACGGGCCAUCCCGGAGCCCCAAGGGGGGGGAAGCUGGUGAAUUGGGACGGCAGAGGCGGGCGAAGCGGGAUGGUGAAGUAGCCCCGCCAGGCCGUGCCUCCCGCGAGGGGCCCAUCAUCUGCGGGGACUGCGGGAAGAGCUUCACCAAGGACUCGGAGUUCGUCAAGCACGAACGCACCCACACGGGGGAGCGACCCUACCAGUGCCCCGACUGCGGGAAGGGCUUCACCAACAGCUCCAACCUCCUGCGCCACCAGCGCAUCCACAGCGGCGCCAAGCCGUACCCCUGCGCCGAGUGUGGGAAGAGCUUCCGCCACAAGGAGCACCUGACCCGCCACGGCCGCGUCCACGCCACGGAGAAGCCCCACGUCUGCACCCACUGCGGGGAGGCCUACAGCACCCGCACCAACCUGCUGCGGCACCAGAGCAGCCACACGGGAGAGCUGCCCUACAAGUGCCCCGAGUGCGGCCGGCGCUUCGGGGAGGCGGCAGCGCUGGCGGGCCACACGGUGAUCCACAGCGGGAAGCCCCACAUCUGCCCCGAGUGCGGGAAGGGCUUCCGGCGCGGCUCGUCGCUGCGGGAGCACCAGCGGGUCCACACCGGGGAGCGGCCCUACGGCUGCCCGCAGUGCGGGAAGGGCUUCAGCCAGCGCUCCUCCCUGGUGCUGCACCGGCGCACCCACACCGGCGAGCGCCCCUACGUCUGCGGCGACUGCGGGCGCAGCUUCAGCGUGAGCUCUGCCCUCAUCACCCACCAGCGGCUGCACACCGGGGAGCGCCCUUUCCCGUGCCCGGAGUGCCAGAAGCGCUUCAGCGACCGCAAGGCCCUCAAGCGGCACCAGCGGGUCCACACUGGGGAGCGGCCCUACCGCUGCACCGACUGCGGCAAAGGCUUCAGCCAGAGCUCGGCGCUGGCCACUCACCAGCGCAUCCACACCGGGGAGACCCCGUACGGCUGCGGGGCCUGUGGCAAGCGCUUCGGAGACCUCUCGGCCCUCAAGCGGCAUGAGCGCAUCCACACCGGGGAGCGGCCCUACCGCUGCGGCCAGUGCGGGAAAGCAUUCAAGCACAGCUCGGCCCUGGCCCAGCACGGCCGUACCCACACCGGAGAGAAACCCUACGUCUGCUCCCAGUGCGGCAAAGCCUUCUCUCAGGGCUCCACCCUCAUCCAGCACCAGCGGGUGCACACCGGCGAGCGCCCCUACCCUUGCCCCCAGUGUGGGCGAAGCUUCUCCCAGGGCUCUGCCCUCACCCAGCACCAGCGCACCCACACCAAGGAGAGCGACCCGCUGAUGGGACCCGGUGGGGCCCGGAUCUACCGGGACCCUUUCGUCCAGCUGCGGGAUGAGGAUGACGAGGAGGAUGGGGUGGGGGAGGUUCUGGUGCUGCCUCCAGGGACAUGGGACGCGGAGCUGGACGUGCAGAUCAAAGAGGAGCCGGAGUCAGGAUUCCCUGUCCCCGACCGGGCCGUGAUCUCCUGCAUGGAGCGAGGGGAAGAGCCGAGGGUCCCGGAUCUCCAGGACUCCAAGGAAAGGGAGAUCCUGAGAGGUGCCCACAUAGCAGGUGCCGGGAGAGAGAAGGAGAAUUCCCAGCAGGAAGGGCCUGCAGGAGCGGAGCUGAAUGGGACGUCCCGGAGCCCUGAACGGGGAGAUGGCGGCAGAACAGGACGGCAGCGGGCAGACAAGGAGCCAGGGUGCAGGCGCAGGAGGGCACGGCCCGUCAACUGCGGGGAUUGUGGGAAAAGCUUCAUGAAGAACUCAGAGUUAAUCAAACACCAGCGCACGCACACGGGUGAGAGGCCCUACCAGUGCCCUGACUGCGGGAGGUGCUUCGCCAUCCGCUCCAGCUUGGAUCGCCACCAGCGGGUCCACACCGGCGAGCGGCCCUUCCCCUGCACCCGCUGCGGGAAGAGCUUCAAGCUUAGCUCGGCCCUGAGCCGGCACCGGCGCGUCCAUGCUCAGGAGGGGCCCUGUUUCUGCGCUGAAUGCGGCAGGGGUUUCAGGCACAGUGCUGCACUAACCCAACACCAGGCUGAGCACCUGAACCAUGGAGACCCCACCAACGGACCUGUGGGGACACGGGUCUACAAGGACCCCUUUGUCCAGGCACGGGACCUCGAGGGGGAGGCUGGUGGGAUGUGGUAUGCUGAGCCUGUGAAAGAGGAGAGUGGGUGAUGGGAUCUGCACUUGGGUUGUGGGUCUGGGCAGGAGACACUGGAGUGAGAAGAGAGCAGCUAUAAGGAAUGCAGGGACUGAACCUGUGAUCUGUGGAUCUAACAUCUGGAGCUGGGCUGUGAGGCAGUGUGGUCUAGUGCAGUGGUUCUCAACCAGGGGUAAACGUAUCCCUGGGGGUAGGCAGAGGUCUUCCGGGGGUACAUCAGCUCAUCUAGAUAUUUGCCUAGUUUUACAGCAGGCUACAUG